AUGCCUGAUAUAUCUGAUGCAAGAUAUACUAGUAAUGGCAUUGAACAACAAGGAUUUGUUCAGCAAUCUGAUAUCUUUAUGGAUUCAUGUGUUGUUGAGAUACCUGAAUCAUAUGCUCUUAUAGAUCAGAUUAACAAUAUUACUCCAUUUGUUAGAUUGCAUAGAGUUUUUGGUGAUGGAUACAGAUUUAAGUAUAUGAAGUGCAUGACAAGUGCAAGAAAUGGUAAAGUCUCUGUUUACAAAGUAUCUGCUCCAAAUGUUGCAAUAGCUGAUCCUGCACUAACUGAUAUCUUUCUUAGGAUGCAUCAGGAACAUGUAUUUCUUCUGAACUAUGAUAUUACAAUGGAUUGUUUAAACAUAUCUUCUAGGGCUGUGAUUAAGGAAUUUCUUCUUGAUAAUGAAAUCAGUAGCAAUGAUAUUCUUGAUGAUGAAGAUAAAGUUGGAGCAAACUGUAUUAGCUGGUUUACUGAUGAAGAUGAAAUAAAAAUUAGGAACAAGUUGUAUAAUAAAUUUGUUCAACUUCUAGAAAGUGGUGAGGUUCGUAAUCAACUUACUUCUAAGCUAUCAGAGCUAGUGAUGCCAACUUCUCAGCAAUUUGGUGAAACACUUGUUGCUUGCAGGAAUGAAGGAUUAAUGAGACUUGAGCUUACUGUUCACUCUCCUGAGUUGAAAGAAGUAGAAUGGAACAUAAACUUAAUUGCUAGUACACUGGAGUUUCUUAGUGAUUGUAGGACAUUUGCAACAUCUUAUGAAAAGCAAUGGAUGGCACUAGUUGAUCAGAUUUAUAACAAAAAUAUGUUAUGCAUUUACUUCCAUAAAGAACAUGCUCUUGGUUACUGCCAUUGGUUCAAUAGGACAACUAUGAAGAAACAAGGAAUAGCUAAAAAGUUGAAAGAGAAUGAGGAUGUGAUGACUGUUGUUUCCAAUCUUACAUUUAAUGGGCACCCAACUGUUCUUCUAACAUAUGCUACCAGCAGUGGUCCUGUUGAAUCAGAAGUUGUUCUAAGAAGAGAUAACACAAACAUCACCAUUGUUCCAAGUCAGAGGAAUUCUUUCUGGCCUGUUGCUUCAAGAGAAAGACAACAACACACAUUUGCUGAAAUGGGACUUGUAAACUAUCGUGGGAUGCAUAUUGAUUGGCUAACUGCUCAACAAGCAAGAGAGAAAGUUUGUCUCUCAACUCUCUCAAGUAUUAGUGAGGAUGCUGAUGACCUAGGAAUAGAUGAUCUUAUUGCUGAUAUCAGCAACAUUGAACUUGAUGAUCUAGAACCCAUAUACAUAAGAGAAAAUACUGAUCUUAGGCCAGCUAGAUACAAAGUUGCUUAUAACAUACUUCAUGCUGGAGAUGAGUUCCUAGUUAGUCAUUAUUUCUUAUAUACUUUUAGAGGGUUGCCAUUCUACUAUCUAGAUAUCUAUAUGAUUCACAAUGAAGUAGUUAGCAGUACUCACACUCAUAUCAAAAUACAAGCAAGUAGUCCAUUUGGUGAAUAUAUUGCUUCUAUUAUUGGUGAACCAAAUCAAGAAGUAGUACUUAAAGUAGCUAGAAUUCAUAAUCGUAUUAUCCAUAUUGCGAGGAUCUAG